GGCGGCUGCGCGGGGCCGGGCCCGGCCGGGCGGGCUCUGCCUGAGCCGUCCGGCCAUGGAGGCGGCGGGGCGGUGGCCGCUGUGGCUGCAGGGCCUGGCGCUGCUGUGGGGCCGCGCCGUGGCGGGGCUGGAGCAGAUCGGCAGCACGGUUCCGCCGGCGCAGGCAUGUUCAGCAUUUUCCCAGACGUCUUGUGAUGAAUGUCUAGCAAAUGUUUCGUGCCUUUGGUGUUACACCAACAAUACAUGCAUUGAUUACCCUGUAAGAAGUAUUUUUCCACCUUCUUCAUUGUGUUCUCUCUCAAAUGCUCGAUGGGGAGUUUGCUGGAUAAACUUUGAGGCUUUGAUUAUUGCUAUGGCUGUGGUAGCUGGACUCAUUCUGGUGUCCAUAACGGCCUGUUGCUGUUACUGCUGUUACUGCAGAAGGCCUUCCAGGAGCAGACUAGAGGAAGAAGAGGAGCAGUUAGCUAGGAAGAGAGAGGAACGAAGGCUGCAGUCUCUUCAGAGGAAACAUGAAAGAAAACUGAAGCAUGAUGAAAUACGUAAGAAGUAUGGUCUUCUCCAGGAUUCUGAUAACCCCUACAGCAGAUUUGAGAAUGAAUAAAGAUGAGAACCUUCCACAAGAGCUGUAACUCCAGAAUCCAGGAAGACAGUUUGUGUUCAUUAGCCCUUUUGCUCUUUCACUUCUGUUUUUUUCUCUCCAAAGUGUUUUUUCCUGGUUGUAAAACUAGAAGCAGCUAAAGACUUCAAAAUAACAUGUUUCUAUCUCCUACGUGUAUAGGAAUAAUUUUCCAUAAAUGUUUUUCAUUGUUGAAAUGUUUGCUGAAGUUGGUUUAUGUUUCCUCUUCUUAAAAUCUAUAUUUUAUUACUUGACAUAGAUGGUUAAUUGUCACAGUACAGUGAUUUUGAAUUCAGUCUUAACUGCUACUUAAAGCAGUUGUUCUCAUGUUCCUAAAUAGACAGAUUUAUGUAUAUAUAUAACAAAAAGCAACAUGGAAGCACAGCUCCACAUAGCAGAAAUAAUUGAUGAAAAAUACAUCAUGCACAUUCCUGUGGGUGGAGGUUUUUUUGCCUGGAAAAAACAUCUUCCAAGAGUGUAAUGUGUCAGGGUUGACAUAGAGGAGCAUAUUUGUCUUUGAAUAAUUAAAUUCAGUUGUGGGAAUGUUAAUAGGUAUUUUAAAUACAGUUAGCAAAAUUGGAGGAAGGCUGAUCUUGAAACAAACAUAGUUACGUGUUCCUAUAUUUAAGAAACAUCAGUCUGUGUGAGCACUUUAUUCUCCAAACUUAAAGUAUGUUGAAAAAAAAAAAAUAAAGUUGCCCAGAUUCUGCAGCAGCUUAAGCACUGCCCAGCUGCUUCCUCCCUCCCUCGGGGGGAUGCAGGAGAGAAUGGGAACAGCAGAGGGUUGAUAUAAAGGCACAGUAAGUGAAGGAAAGGAGGGUAGAGGGAACAAAUUCUGCAAAGGCAAUUGCCACUUCCCAGGAGCAGACCUCUGCCUAGCCUCCCCUCCAGUUUUCUUGGUGUGCCUGGAGCAGGGUCAGUUUAGGUCAGUUUUGGCCAACUGUGUCCUCUCCCAGCUUCUUGUUGCCCCCUGGCCGAGUUGCUGGAGCAAGCAGAGUGGGGGGAAAAUGAAACUUUGAUGCUGUGCAAGCAAUGCUCAGCAAAAGCCAAAGGUUUUUUUUUUGGUUUUUUUUUGUUUUUUUUUGUGUGUGUUCUCAGCACUCUUUCUGCCACAAAUCCAAAGCAAAGCAGCACCAUAAGGGCUGCUAUGAAGAAAGUUACCUCAGUCCCUGCCAGAGCCAGUACAGUAAGAAGGCAGUAUUUUUUUUAACCUUUUAUUGUUCUUUUGAUAUUUACAUAAUGUGAUUUAUUUCCUGUCUUACUUUUCAUAGAGGGUUUCCUUGAGCACUUUUAGUAGCUUACCAGUAUGAUGUGACAAGCAAAGACCUCUUCUAUACUCCCAGUCUAAUUGUAUGGUCCCAUUUAUUCUGUACACUUUAAAUCACUUCCCUUGUUGUUUAUUAUCUGUUAAACAAAUGUACAGUAUUGAGGAUGUUUGUGUUAUUUUUGUCCACAUUCCUAAAAUAAACUCUUUAACAUCUUGAA